CACAUAUUCUCAUUGUGGAACCAUAAAUACUUACUUAUAUUUUAGUGUAGAUUUUUUGUGAAAAAUAACAAAAAUACAUUGAAAUGACUCGGUAUUAGUGUUGUUUUUAACAAUUUCAAGGGUUUUAUCAACUGAAUCGCAAAAAUGACGCGUGAUGUUGACUUUCAUUCGUCCAGAAAAGUUCGUUACAUUGUAUUCACAACAUAUCUCUAUUCCCUGACGAAUGAAAUCGCAAUCUAUUGGACCUCGCCAGUGCUGGCCAAACUCAGAUACAUACAACCUGGCAACCCCCUAGACAAAAAAUUAAGUACAAGUGAGCAAGAAUGGUUAGGAUCCCUGAUAUGCCUUGGCUACAUGGCAGGUCUCAUACCUUACAGCUACCUCUGCUCCAGAUAUGGCCGAAAAUACACUCUUCUAUCCCUGGGAUUCAUUCACUUAAUCGCAUUUGGUCUAUAUACCACCUCAAGCUUAUCCUUGUACUACGUCGGGAGAUUCUUGAGUGGAAUAGCAUCUAGUGUUGGCUUCGUCGUCUUCCCUAUGUACAUAUCAGAGAUCUGUAAAGAUACAGACAGAGGAAAGCUGCUAGUAUCACGCCAGAUCUUCGCUGGAUGCGGAACAGUCAUAGCUUACGUAGCUGGCAACUAUCUGUCGAUGUUAUGGUUCAACAUACUGAUCUGCGUCUUCCCGUUGCUGUUCCUGAUAUCAUUCGGACUACUAGCUGUGGAAAGCCCUUAUUUCUACGUCACCAACGAGAGAUACGACAACGCCAAAGAGGUCUACAUCGAGCUCACAUCUCCCACCAACGGUGAAGAACCAGCAGACGAAGAAAUCCAAGAGAUGAAGAGAGCAGUGGAGAUGACAGAUGGAGAAUCUCUUGGGGCACUUCUGUCCCAAAAACAUAUCCAGAAAUCCAUCAUAAUCGUCUUGGCCCUCUUCAUCUUCCAACAGUUGACAGGUUACAUGGCAUACGCUACGUACACUGAGCUUAUAGUGGAAUCCAAGCAUGCCACCGUCAUCAUAGGUAUGGUAGUAUUGAUAGGGAGUUCUUUAUCCACCAUGUUUGUGGAUAAGUUUGGAAGGAAGUUACAUCUGUUGGUGUCUGCAAGUGGGGUGGUCUUAGCCAACAUCGCACUUGCUGUAUACUUUACAUAUUUCAAAGCAGACUAUUAUACUCCGAUAAUUUGCAUUUCUGCGUUCUUCCUAUCAUAUAAUUUGGGUUUCGCGUUCAUACCACAAAUCUUAUGUGCCGAGAUCUUGCCUCAGAAGAUCAAGUUUGGAGUGGGGGCCGUUGCUGGAGUUCUUGGAUGGGGGGUUGCCUUCCUGAUCACUAAUUUCUUCUUGGAAAUGAAUAAUAUCUACUUGAUUGUGGUGUUUUGCAUUUGUCCUGCGAUACAGCUGGCUAUUAUCUAUUUCUAUGUGCCCGAGACGAAAGGGCAGAGCUUCAGGAUGAUACAGGGGAUGCUGCAAUUUGACAUAAGUCCAGAGUCGGAGUAGAAUUUAAGCUGGUAGCAGCAUUUUGAAGUUGUUUGAAAAUAUUUGUUGUUCUUUGUUCUCGACUCUAUGAACAUAUUCAUAUAAGUAUGGCCCACUUCCAGAAUGUUAUAUGUUUUUUCAGGGAGAAUACUCCAUACAUGUAAUUUGUUAACAGCUAUUUAUAAGACAUUCUUCGAAUUCUUCUAAAUUUGAUUGUUACUUGAUUGUUGUUCAACAAAUAAAAGUAUAUGUUUUUAA